CCAAUGAUGAUGUUGCUACGAAAAUAGUCCCGGGGGGAAAAGUUAUUCAACAGUACAGUGCUUGGAGGACGACAGGACGUCAACGUUUUAACAGGAUGUUGCUGAAAAUACUGCUGGGCUUCCUGUGUGGCGUUAGAGUUUAUGCUCAGCAGGAUCCUCCCCCGCUGCUGCUGGUGUCAUUCGACGGUUUCCGAGCAGACUAUGUGCAGAGGUUCCCCAUGCCGAACCUGAAGCUCCUGUACAGCCAAGGGGUCCUGGUGGAGCAGCUCACCAACGUAUUCCCCACCAAGACGUUUCCCAAUCACUACAGCCUGGUCACAGGGCUGUACGCCGAGUCUCACGGCAUCCUGGCCAACAACAUGUACGACCCUGUCAGCAACAAGAGCUUCCACGUGGGCAACAACAACACCGACGAUCCCGCGUGGUGGAAUGAGGCGCAGCCACUCUGGGUUACAGCACUGGACUCCGGCUAUAAGACGGCGGCCAUGAUGUGGCCCGGCUCUGAUGUAACCAUCAGCAACCGCACACCGUCACAUUUCCUUCCCUUCAACCGUAAUGUGACGUUCCAGCAACGAUUGGGGAACGUGACAAAGUGGAUAUUGGGAGACGGAAAGGAGCCAGGAGUGAAGUUUGCAGCCAUGUACUGGGAUGAGCCCGAUCGAUCAGGUCACCUGUUCGGCCCUGACAACGACACUGCCAUGAGCCAAGUGCUGAAGGAGGUUGACGACCACAUUGGCCUGCUGAUUUCGGAGCUGAAGCGGAAUGACCUCUGGGGUCACGUCAACGUCCUGGUAACCAGUGACCACGGCAUGGCUCAGUGCUCGGCCGAGCGCCUCAUACGGCUGAACGACUGCCUCCACCCUGACAACUACACGCUGGUGGACCGCACACCUGUGGCAACACUCAUCCCACAUAAUAGCAUAGAGGUCAUCUUUGCCCUGCUGAAGAAUUGCCACCCCAAUAUGACGGUAUAUUUGAAAUCGGACAUCCCCGAUAGGCUGCACUACCAGAAAAACGAGCGCGUCCAGCCAAUCACACUGAUCGCUGACGAGGGCUGGACAAUAGUGCAGGGAGAGAAAAAGCUCCCAAGAUUGGGCGAUCAUGGCUAUGACAACUCCCUUCCCAGCAUGCACCCAUUCAUGGCAGCUUUGGGGCCCAGCUUCCGUAAGGGUUAUAGAAUGAGCAGUCUGCAAAGCGUUGACAUUUACCCGCUCAUGUGCCAUCUGCUCUCGGUGCCCCCGCAGCCCAACAACGGCACCCUGACUCAGGCUCGGCACCUGCUGGCUGCUGAGGCUGGCUGGAAUGUCCCUCUGGUGAUCAGCUUGGUGGUGGGCGUCCUACUAGUGCUCACUACAAUCACUGUUAUGUUCAGGUUUCUGAACUGCCGCCGCCACUCAGGCCCCCGACCCUUCCAGAGGCUGCAGCUCGAUGACCAUGACGACGACGACCCCCUGUUGGAGUGAGAACCAGUCAAAGCCGGUCAGUCCACACUAAACUGUGUCACCUGUUUCUGCUCAAAUAGUUACUUGACAUGUUGCACUUUAUUCACUGAUGUGUCCCUACCUGUCACUGAACACAGUAUGUGCGUUGUUAAUAUGUAUGUACACACACAUGCAGGAGAAAAACCUGUUUUUUAUCAAAACCCUUCAGGCCCACUGAAACCUGCUGUGGGGUUGUACACUGGUGUUAAAACAGCUGUAGGAAACAGUGAAUACUGUUGUAUUCAUUGACUCUCCAUAAGGUUACUGUUUUUAAAAACCCUGUUACAAUAGACUUGAAUAUGUGACAAGGGCCAGUGGAGUUUUCUUGUAGGAUGUUACUUGUUUUGAGGAAAUAUUGAGGAUUUCUUUUGGUCAAAAAUAAACAUUGAGAUUAAUAUUUUUAUUCUAGGAGAAAAAAAAUGACUUAAGUUGAAGAU